AGGAAGAAGAAUAACAGCAACAACAACAACAGCACCAGGAAACUGACACGUGAAAAAUAGCGGAACUAUAGUGUGAACGCAGAAAACUAACCGGAUUGUUUUUAGCGGCACACUCGAGUAGCCUCCAUGACAAGUAGCAGUUGACAACAAUACCAAGCUGGUGUUCGCCUCUCUCUUCACUAUGAUGUCACAUGGUUUCAAGAGCAGUAAGCAGGAAUUCACCUUUGGACCAUGGAAAGUGACUGCUGCCAAAAACCACAUCAUGAAAUCCAAAGACAUUGAACGGUUAGCAGAUGAGAUGAACAUGCCCUCCCUUCCAGAGAUGCUGUUUGGGGACAAUUUCCUGCGCAUCCAGCACACAGAGGGCUAUGGCAUUGAAUUCAAUGCCACCGAUGCCCUUAAAAGAGUCAACAACAUGGAGGAUGUUGUCAAGGUGGCGUGUGCUCAGGAAUGGCAGGAGAGCAGAGUGGAUUCUGAGCACUCCAAAGAGGUGCUUAGACCCUACGACUGGACGUACACCACAGACUACAGAGGAACUCUGAUUGGAGAAGGUAUGCAGAUAAAGGUGACUAAGACAGCAGAUCGUAUAGACAUGGAAAAGCUGAAGGCUCGGGAACAGAUCAUGUUCUUUGAUGAGGUGCUGUUAUUCGAGGAUGAGCUGCAUGACCAUGGAGUCUCAAUGAUCAGUGUCAAAAUUAGAGUGAUGCCCACCAGUUUCUUCUUGUUGCUGCGUUUCUUCCUACGAGUGGAUGGAGUACUGAUUCGAAUAAAUGAUACACGACUGCAUUAUGAGGCCGGAAAGAAUUUCAUGCUACGAGAGUUCAGCAUGAGGGAAAGCAAAAUAGCAGAACUGAAGAAUGUUCCUGCUGCACUGCUCACUGCUCCUAAUGAGAUCGCUCACCAUUUAACACUGAUGCUGACAGAGUGUGAGAAGCUGGAACUUCCUGUGAUGCUGCCUCAGACAGUCAAUGAAGUCCUUCAGUGAUCAGUAUACUGUAAAGUCCACAAUGAUGUGGUGCAUGUUGAAAAUUAGAAAUAAUAGUCUUAAACCAUAUCUUUAACCUUCCAGUUACAUAAUUACCAUAUGGCCAAAUAAAUUUGUGCAAAUAUACAUA